AUCACAGUGGGGGAGGUAGGACAGAGGGGGGCUGCUUGCCCCUUGCCAGUCAAGAAGCAGAGAGAAGGGGGCAGGGAGGGGACAGGGCCUGCUAUCCUCUUUCAUGUGUGAUGAUAACUAUGCCUUAGUCAGCUGAGGCUGCCAUAACAAAACAAAACCUUCUGCUGGAUGGUUUCAACAGAAGACGUUUACUUCUCACAGUUGUGGAGGCCGGAAGCUCAGAAGCAAGCGCCAAAUGGCUCUUCUACAGGAAUGGGGUGCCCUCUGAGGUCACCUCAGUGACAGUGUUUCCAGGGACCUCUGCACCACACCAACCACCCAUGAGCCACUGCUUCCUGUGAACCCUGACCCAGACUGAAGCCACCCAACCUGUCACAGGACAUCACCCCAUGAUGACAACCAAGAACAUUGUCCCAGCCUCAAAGCCAGUGACCUACGUUCUGCUCCAGACAUCUUCAGAAGGCCCCAAAGCCACCAACAAAUCCUCCAAGACCAACAAGUCCACGGCAUCCUUCCUCAAGACACAGGACUCGGUCAGAAAACUGUCCAAGCAGCUCCCAGGGAACUGUGAGUACUACUUUCCUGAGGCUAAAAACUUGUACUGCCUAGACCUGUGUCCCUUUGUAGCAGGGAAGAUUCUGGACCCAGAGCCGCAGCCACAUGUCCCUAUCCCCGCGGCCACAGAAACCUAUAUCCCUGAAAAUCCCACAGCUAGGCUUCAACUGAUGGAUCAGGCAUAUGGGCUCGGAAAGAACAUCAACCCAGUCCUGUACCCUCCUAGGAAUGCACCCACUGUAUCAGCCAUGAAGACACCCUCUGCAAAUGCCAUGAAGGUAUCCUCUGUAUCAGUCAUGAAGACAUCCUCUGCAUCAGUCAUGAAGGCACCCUCUGCAGAUGUCAUGAAGGUACCCUCUAUAGUAGUUAUGAAGCCACCCUCUGCAGAUGUCAUGAAUGUAUCCUCUACAGAAAUUGUAAAGGCACCCCCUUUAGUGGCCUCAAAACAACUCUUUGCAGGGGUGACAAAGCCAAGGACCAAGAAUCAACCUAAGAAUCAAAAGAAGCAAGACAAGGAAAAACACCUCUCUCUUGACCUGGUGCUUGUCAGCCGAAACCGGUUGACUCCAGCCAUCCAACACUUACCUAUUCCAGAGGCCACAAAGGUCAUAAUAUCAGGAACCCAUGUAAUUUAUUGAAUUACCAUCCAAUAAACAUCUGACUGCA